AUGAGCUCAAACACACUUUCUGCAGUGUUGAAGAAGCUCAUUCAGCGCCUGUGUCUGGAGGAUUUUCCCUGUGGAUACGGCAGCUGGAGAGCAACCAAUUCAAAGGGAGCAGAAACAGAGGAGACAGACGCCCUCCUCGACAUGCUGAGCUGCAGUCACUCUCCAUGGCGGGUCGAUGCUUCAUGGAGCCCCCAGGCUUCAGCUCUGAGACGGAUAGCUGUGCUCACACCCGAACGCCUGAGUACUGACUUUGUCUACAGAUACUUUAGCACACUUCGCGUCGUGGACAAGGAGGUGUCAGUUAUUGAUGACGGCCUGUUGAGGUUCUCAAAGCUGGAGGAAUUGGUGCUGAGCGCCAACAGAAUCUCCCAGAUCCCUGCAGAAAACCUUCCCAGCACUUUGAAGAUUUUGGAGCUUUGUGCCAACGAGGUGUCUGCUCUGAGCGGUCUCACCAGGCGCCCGCCUCCUCGCCUGCAGUACCUCGGCCUCGGCGCAAACAGACUGGGCUCCCAUGACGACGCUUCUCAUCUUACAGGAAGGCACUGGCCUCAGCUGGUGUGUCUGGACCUGAGCGACUGCGAGUUUCAGGACCAGCGGGCCCUCCUGAGCGCUCUGAGCACGCUGCCCUGCCUCAGGACGUUGGUACUGCAGGGAAACCCCUUCACUCUUGCGUCCUGCUACCCCGGCCUCACCGUGGACAGUCUGCCACAGCUCUCCUGCCUGGACGCCGUGUGGAUCUCCUCGGAGGAGAGACGUCGUCACAGGGGCCUGACUGACGUGAGAGAUCUGAAAGUGGAGCAGGCAUCAGCCACAGUGAGCGUGGGCAGGAUGAGGGGAAUCCCAGAUCCCAUGAUGGGUGUGGAUGAAAACGCUCCUGAGUUCCCCGUCAUUACCUGCAGAUAUCACAUCUCAUACGACUCCUUUAGUCAACAAGCUCCUGUUACACCGACGUCGGACAUUGAGCCUAAAUUUGUGACAGAAAACAUCUCAAGUGAUGCCGACCUGCCGUCAAACCAAAACUGUGCAAAAGAAAAAGAAUCGUCCACACAGAUGGAUGCAGACGACCCGAUGGUGCACACUGAGGAAACUCAUGCGUCGAGGUGCAGCACAUCAAAGCUGCCGUGGGCCGAGUGCGUGGACUUCAGCGACACACAAACACACGCUGUCGGUGAUCUGAGUAGGUUUAAGAGAUUCCUCAAACAAGGACUUUAUCUUAGGAUAGAGGAAGAGAAGGUCUUGUCAUGGCCCCCACCUUCAGAGGACGUCACUGCAGCCAAACCAAACCCAGCAGAUAAAGUGAAGAAAGGCGGGAAAGGAAAAGAAACCCCAAACAAAGCUGGUUCAAACAAAGACAAGAGUAAAGACAAAAAGAAGAAGUCAGCACAGGAUCUGAUUCACGACGCCCCCGUCACAAGAUUCCUGGCGUCCGUCCACGUCCCCCUGCUGAACCUGCUCAAAACAGGUCAAACAAUCGACGUCCUCUGUGAGUUUGGUGUUCUGCAUACGGAGUCCGAGUCGGGAGCUGCGCUGACAUAUAAGAAGGACCUGGGAAAGAAAACAAAGGAGGAUAAGAAUAAGGACGAGAAGGAAGCCAAGCAGAGAGGAGGCAGCAGCACCAGACAGAAGAAUUCAGCAGCCUCAAAAGGAAGAGGAAAGGGAAGGAAGGAGAGCGAGACGGACGACCAACAGGAACCAGUGACCGUGGAGUUGAGAGUGGAGCUGGUCAGAUGGCGGUCUGCAUCUGAAGCUCAGCACGCUCUGACCUCACAUCAAAACUCUUAAAGAAUAACAGUCGCUUUUAUCCUGAGGAGUCAUGGCUUUUCUUUCAAGUCAGGCUUUCUUUGGACUGCA